GUUGAUAAACGUACGUAGGUAUACUAAUUAUAGUCACACUACAGAAACGGUUUUGUUUUCAUAUGUACAAUGAAAAGGUGUUACCAUAAGUGAAUUUUCGAAUUGGCAUACUUACAUCUCACAAUAUUCAAUAUUGAAGUAAAAUAUAUGUAUCAUUAUUCUACAAAAAAUGUCACAAAAAGUUACUGUAACUGUAAAAGAAGGUAAAAUACGCGGUUUCAAAACAAAAAGUGUUUAUUCUGGCGUGGAGUAUUAUUCAUUUUUCGGGGUUCCUUAUGGGCAAUCGACGGCAGGUCUAGCGCGUUUCAAAGAUCCUGUGAAGGUGAAACCCUGGAAUACUAUUCUCGACGCGACCUCUCAAAAGCAAGGCUGCCUACAAUUUUCAUUAAGAAAACAGAAUAUAACUGGAGAUGAAAAUUGUUUGUACAAUAAUAUUCACACAACGGAGAUAAAUCCGAAAUAUGAUAAUCUGAAAGCAGUAAUAGUAAAUAUACAUCCUGGAGGAUUCUUUCACGGUUCACCUGAUCCACAUUACUACGGAUCUCCCGGAUACAUCAUCAAUCGAAACAUUGUUUAUGUCAGUGUCGGAUUCAGAUUACAUUUGCUAGGACAUUUGAAUCUGAAUUUAAAAAAUCACUGCACUGGAAACCAGUCUCUAAAGGAUAUUAUACUUAGUCUGGAAUGGAUUAGGGAUAAUAUCCGAGUAUUUGGGGGUGAUCCUGGAAAUAUAACUUUACUAGGUAGCAGUAGUGGAUCUGCAAUUGUUCAUUUCCUGCUACUAUCACCAUUAGCAAAAGGUUUAUACCAUAAAGCAAUACUAAUGGGCAUGUACGUAUUCAACCCAACUCUAAUAACCUGCAAUGAACAUAUUGCUUUGGCUUACAAAAUGGCACGUGAACAAGGUUACGAAGGAAAAAUAGAAGAUAAACGUAAAUUAUUGAACUUUUUAAAACAAUUUCGAGUGGAUCUUUACCUGCUAUCGAAAUUACAUCAAAUGCGAGAUUAUUAUACAGGAUUACCAGUUUUCCCAACCUCACCUUUCAUACCGUUAGGCGAAUCGAGCGAUAGGUCUCCACUGCCUUUAUCACCAGAAAAGCUCAUUGGUUCCACGAAUCGAGUACCAAUCAUGGUGGGAUUUUGUGAACGAGAGGGUGCAAUGGGAGUAGCUCUGCUUGCAAAACUGGAACGAUCUCUUUCUAAAUUGUUCCACAAAUGUCUCUGCCAAAAUGUAUGGGGAUGGGGAGCUAAUUUAAAUGAAGAUGAAUCAAAACAAAUACAACAACAAGUGGAGAAUUUUUACGUGGAUGGUAAAUCAUUAGACGAGGCGUCACAUUCAACCAAAUGUGAUAUUUUAACCGACGUUGCCCUAUCGGAUGUAUACGACACAUUGAUCAAUGUUAUCUCAUCGGAUGCUUCUUCGCCAGUCUACGUUUAUAAUUUCGCCUACGAUGGCAAAUUAUGUGUGAUGAAAAAGAAAAUCUCACCCUACAUGGAAAAACCUUUAGACGGUGCUUUCCACGCGGCCGAUUAUGCAUACUGGUGUUCCGAUGAAAACAGAAUGGGUGGAAGUGCAGACCAGCAGCACCCAAAAGAUCGUAAAAUGAUAGACACAUUGACGAAUCUUUUCACUACCUUCGCUAAAAAUGGAAAUCCUAACAAUGUUGACAUGCAAGUGAACUGGGAACCUUCCAAACCUGAAAGUCCGUGUUAUCUGAAUAUAAACGAAGAACUGGAAAUGAAACACGAAUUAUUGAAUGGAAAACGGAUGGAAUUUUGGCAUACCUUAAAAAAACAAUUUGGAGAACAUCGUGAAAAAUAAAAUAUGCAUUGCUUUCAAAACUUGCUUAAUCAAUUGGUUCCAAAGGGCUGAACAAUCAGAUUGUGACAUUACAAAAAAUUGAAUUAAAUGAUCGGUGAUGUAAAAUAUUAUCAGCUAAUUUUUUCAAUUGUUUUCCUUCAUUUUUUCAACAAAAAAAAAACUGCUAAGGAAAAAAUUUAAUGCUUUACAACACAAAAUUUCAAUCCCUCUUUUCAACAA